AUGCUCCUGAAUCUUAUAAUUAUAAUUGGGGAGAUGACUGAGACAUGGCAAAUUGCCUGCACUGAGGACCUCUGCUGGGACAUCGUCUCCUGCCUUGCCUGUGAAUGUGGAAGCAUAGAUUGGUUGGGUACUGGACAGGGUUCCAAAGCAGGAUCUCUAUCCCGAAUUGGUUCAUACCUUCCGCGAUCCUCAUUGAGCACAAGUGCUGGUGGUUCUGUGCUUGGGUCAUUUCAACCAUCGUGCAGACCAUGGGAAAGGGGGGAUUUACUGAGGCGUCUUUCUACGUUCAAGCCUGCAAAUUGGUUUGGGAAGCCAAAGGGAUGGACUGAUUAG